AUGGGGGAAAAAACAGCUCAUAUCAAAGUACUACCAAUGUUACCCCGCACAACCGGCCCCACGGUGACAAGCUGCGGCGGCAGUCCCGCCCCGGUACCCCGGAGACACGGCCACCCAGCCGUUAAGUCACUCCGUUUACUCCUUGAAGGAGCCGGAAAGUCUCCGGGAUCAGGUCGCGCCCUCAGCUUCACCCCGCCAUUUAUUUCAAAAAUAGAGGAAGUAUUGAAUGACUGGAAGCUUAUUGGGAUUUCUUCAGGCAAACCUCUAGAAAAGGGUGUAUACACCACAGGAGCAUGGGAAGAGAAAUCGGAUGAAAUUUCAUUUGCAGACUUCAAAUUCUCAAUUACCCAUCAUUAUCUUGUACAAGAACCCAGUGACAAAGAUGGGAAAGAAGAACUGGUAGAAGAUGCCCUUCCUCUGCCUAUGCAGGACUUGCUGUGCAUGAACAAUGACUUUCCUCCUAGAGCUCACUGUCUGGUGAGAUGGUAUGGCUUACGUGAGUUUGUGGUUAUUGCUCCAGCUGCAAAUAAUGAUGCAGUUCUUAGUGAAUCUAAAUGUAACCUUUUGCUGAGUUCCAUUUCCAUUGCACUGGGGAACACUGGCUGUCAGGUACCACUGUUUGUGCAAAUACAUCAUAAAUGGAGACGAAUGUAUGUUGGAGAAUAUCAGGGUCCAGGAGUUCGAACUGACUUCGAAAUGGUUCAUCUUCGCAAAGUGCCAAAUCAGUAUACUCAUUUAUCAGGAUUACUGGAUAUCUUCAAAUCCAAGAUUGGAUGCCCUUUAACACCACUGCCUCCGGUUAGCAUGGCUAUUCGGCUUACGUAUGUUCUUCAAGACUGGCAGCAGUAUUUCUGGCCACAGCAGCCACCAGAUAUAGAUGCUCUAGUUGGGGGAGAAGUUGGAGGCCUUGAGUUUGGGAAGCUACCAUUUGGUGCCUGUGAGGAUCCUAUUAGUGAGCUUCACUUAGCUACCACGUGGCCUCACCUAACGGAAGGUAUAAUUGUGGACAAUGAUGUUUAUUCUGACCUGGAUCCUAUUCAAGCACCCCAGUGGUCUGUGAGAGUCAGAAAAGCAGAUAACCCUCAGUGUCUCUUGGGUGACUUUCUUACUGAAUUCUUCAAGCUUUGCCGUCGGAAGGAAUCAACUGAUGAGAUACUUGGAAGGUCUGCAUUUGAAGAGGAAGGAAAAGAGGUUGCUGAUAUUACCCAUGCUUUGUCAAAGCUCACAGAGCCAGCACCAGUUCCAAUCCAUAAAUUAUCAGUCUCAAAUAUGGUUCACAGUGCAAAGAAAAAAAUUCGCAAACACAGAGGUGUAGAUGAAUCACCUUUAAACAAUGAAGUUCUGAACACUAUUCUUCUGUUCUUAUUUCCUGAUGCUGCUGACAAACUUGCAGAUGGAUUUGAAAGCAGAACUAGCACUUCAGCAGGAAACAAUCCUCCUCCAGAGAAUGAAGAUUAUAAUCUCUUCAGUCAGUUUAAAUCUGCUCCUUCUGAUAGUCUGACGUACAAGCUAGCUUUAUGUCUUUGUAUGAUAAACUUCUACCAUGGAGGAGUAAAAGGAGUAGCACACCUUUGGCAAGAAUUUGUGUUAGAAAUGCGCUACAGAUGGGAGAACAACUACCUUAUUCCAGGAUUAGCUAAUGGCCCUCCAGAUCUGAGAUGCUGUUUACUGCAUCAGAAACUUCAGAUGUUAAAUUGUUGCAUUGAAAGAAAGAAAGCAAGAGAUGAGGGGAAAAAGGGGAGUGUGUUUGAUCGUUCACCUGGUGGUACUUGUGGUGAUACUGGAAGAGGAGCAGACCACUCUGGUGAUAACCCUGAUAAGGAAAAAGAAGUUGGCAAGUCUUGGGAAUCGUGGAGUGACAGUGAAGAGGAAUUUUUUGAGUGUUUAAGCGACACAGAAGAUCUUAAAGGAAAUGGACAGGAAAAUGGAAAGAAAGGAGGAGCAAAAGAAGGCAACAAAGAGCCUGUAAACAUAAAACCAGAAGGUCGUCUGCAUCCACAUGGAAAGCUGACGCUGCUGCAUCCAGGAGAGCCUCUCUACAUUCCAAUAACACAGGAACCAGCACCCAUGACUGAAGAUUUGCUGGAAGAACAGUCUGAGGUAUUGGCAAAACUAGGGACAUCAGCUGAAGGGGCUCAUCUUCGGGCACGCAUGCAGAGUGCCUGCUUGCUCUCAGAUAUGGAGUCUUUCAAGGCAGCUAAUCCUGGCUGUUGUCUGGAGGAUUUUGUGAGGUGGUACUCCCCUCGGGAUUACAUCGAAGAGGAAGUGGUUGAUGAAAAGGGGAAUAUAGUAAUUAAGGGCGAGCUGAGUGCCCGAAUGAAGAUUCCAAGCAACAUGUGGGUGGAGGCCUGGGAGACAGCAAAACCAGUCCCGGCCCGGAGGCAGAAGAGACUUUUCGAUGACACUAGAGAAGCAGAGAAGGUGCUUCAUUACCUCGCAGUUCAGAAACCAGCUGACCUUGCAAGGCAUCUCUUGCCUUGCAUUAUCCAUGCAGCUGUACUCAAGGUAAAGGAAGAAGAAGCAAUAGAAGAUAUAUCUUCAGUUAAGAAGAUUAUUAAGCAGAUAAUUUCCCAUUCCAGUAAAGUUCUAAGGUUCCCCAGUCCAGAGGACAAGAAGUUGGAAGAAAUCAUUGCCCAGAUCAUGAGUGUGGAAGCUAUCAUCGCCAGGGCCAGGUCUCUGAAAGCAAAAUUUGGGGUAGAGAAAUGUGAAAAUGAGGAGGAGAAAGAAGACCUACAAAGAUUCGUAAACUGUCUCCUGGAGCAGCCAGAAGUGUCAGUUCUUGGUGCAGGAAGAGGACCUGCUGGUAGCAUUAUUCACAAGCUGUUUGUGAGUGCUCAGAGGCUGACUGAAUCUUCUGAUGAGGUUUCUGCAGCGCCCCCGCUUGAUGAAGAACCGAGGCGACCGGGUUCCUCCGAGGAGCGACGACUCCAGGCAGGGGCUGUUUCUGAUUUCCCGCCGCCCACGGGCCGGGAGGUGAUUUUGCGCACAAGCGUCCCCCGCCCGGCCCCUUACUCCAAGCCCUUGCCCCAGCGCAUGUACAGCGUGCUGACCAGGGAAGACUUUCGACUGGCGGGGGCCUUUUCAGCAGAUACAACAUUCUUCUGACUGCAUUACCGUGUCUUUCACAAGCAGCGUGCUAUUGCUUUUCCUCCGGGGAAGGUGAUGUUACAGACGGACGGGCCAGGAGGCAGAUGUCAUCAGAGGGAGUGUUGUGGGCCCAGGGACAGAGCCGAGCCUGGAGGUCUGGAAUGGCUUCACCAGUAGAUUUCACCAGCUCUCUGGGGAAGAAAGGUUAGCAAUCUCCCCGCUGGCCAAAGGCAGCCUUUUUUUUUUUUUUUUUUUUUUUUUUUGCAUUAGCUUGUUUAAUAAUGGACAUGAAUGGGCUGUAUGCAAGUACUUCAUGUUGAAAUUCAUGCAGAAUGUGCUGCUUUAUGGUUCUUAAUCAGACUUUAUCAGGUGACAUUAGUCUCCAUAAAUUGAUGUGCAAGCAUGAAGUAAUUUGUAUUUAUUGCUAAUGAUAAACAUUGAGCCCAGUACUUUUUGGUUAAUCACUAAAUGGCAAAUACUCUUCAAAUAUAAUUAUUUAAAGUAUACCAUACAUUUUAGUUCAUGCUAAACAUGCAUUGUCCAAAAAUAUCUUGUCUUGGACACUUCUUCCUACAGAAAUAAAUACAUGGAGCUCUAACAGGCCAGUAAGCCUGCAGUGGCUGGCUAAGGCUUUGGGUACUUGCUCUCAUCCUUCCCUGCAGGCAAGGGACAGAGCUGGCUCUAGGGGACACUUACAGAAGUGUUUCACUGGAAGCAGCUUCCUGGGAUUUACAGAGACCCUGUGAAUCCAUACUGUGUCUUUGCUUCGAUGCAAUGAAAUUCCACCACCUGAACCCCACAGCAUAUCAUGCAAACACUAGGACCUGGAUGUGCCAAUGUUUUACAGCAAUUGUGUCCAUUUUAAUGAGAAUUGGCAAAGUGUUAAUUUACAGAAUGAAAUGUAAAACCAGCUACGGUGUUGCUGACAUUAAUAAAUCUGAACUUAGUCUUGGCUCUCAGACUUCUGUGAGUAGUGGUAUGGUUUUGUCAGAAUACUUUUUAAAUGUCAUCCUUGCAUCCUGUGACCUAGGAACAGCCUUGUUGUUCUGCCCAAGGUGUAGGGCCCCACGUGUUACCCUAAAACUUCUUUGAGGAGAGCAGGGUUAGGGGCUAGAGUGUUUCCCUCACAGAAAGCUGUAUCAGAUAGAAAUAGUAUUCAGGAUCAGGAAGAGUUAAUUUUCUUCAGAGAAAAAUCUUGUCACAGAAUUUGUUCUCCAGGCUGUUUGUGUUUUCACCUGAAGAUAAUUCUUUUGUCAUCCAUUUUAUCAAAGACAAAUUAGCUGUUGUUUAACUGUCUAGCUCCUUUAAAAGAAAUUGCACUAAUUACUGAAUAAGUAAUCUUUAACUUCUUAAGAUUCUUUCUUGGUACUCUUGGUUCCUUCCUCUCUUGCCCUGCUCAUGCUGUCUUCAUGAAAUUUUACAGUAAAGAGGGGCCUCAGGUAAAGACUGUAUCAAAUUGGAAAUCUCUUGCUUUAUCAGGCUAUUCUUGGUCUUUUAAACUGCUGAAGAGAUGAUUCCUUUAAUCAUACUCAGAACACAACAUCUAACACUUUUCAGGCGGUUACCUAAAGAUGUUGUUGUUACCUGAAAAGUCCAGUUAGUUUCACUUUAUAGCAAAUGGUGCACUCAUGACACUACCUUAUUUGAAAUCUUUGAGAAAAAGAACAUUUAAAACUUCAAGAAUUUUCCUCACAAGAAUAACCCAGAAAGAUUUUCAGCUUAUUUUAACUAGCUGUACCUGAAAGUGCAGUCAUGU